GUGCACUGCGUUGGGUGUAGAAGAUAUUAUGUAACACCUCACACAGGGCACUUAGAAAAGAAUAAAGUGGGGUUUUAGGAUACAGCCGAUAUCGUAGGCGAGAAUUAAAAAGCACUUGAGUUGAGACUUGAAGGGGAGCAAAACGCCAGCAGUGCUCGUGCGUAAAGCGCCAUGGCGGACUCGGUGAAGACGUUCCAGGCGCAUCUGACGGCCGUGAUGGACAGCUUGGUGCGCGCCUCCGUGUGCGAGAUCACCAAGCUGUUCGAGGACACGGUGAACGACUACCUGGUGGAGAUAUCGCUCAACCGGAAGGAGAACGAGGCUCUGAAACUGCGCCUGAGGCUCACCGAGAACAAGCUGAGGAACGAGCGGAAGUACGGGCUCGCUUGGGCGGCCAGUCGGCGCGCAGCCGGCCUGCUCGGUCCUGAUGAGACUGGCUGUGCAAAAAAACGCAAGCUGGAAUCUAGAGGCAAGCAGGCUAAGGAGUGGAGUGGUGGCGUGUGGGAGGAGGGUGUUGGAGGAGUGAGAGAUGAGAGGAGGGACGAGAGGAGGGACGUGUGCCACACACAUCCACCAACCGCAGGGGAAGGAGAGGAGCAGGAGGAGGAGAGGAGACGCGUCUCUGGGGAGAGAAAGGAGGUGGCCACAGUUAAGGAGGAGGAGGAUGUCUACAGGUGUGAGUCUGUGAGGCUGCUGCAGGAGGCACUUCAGAUGAGCCAGACUGAAAGCAACACAGCUCAAGAAGAUUUGGAUCCUGUUUCAACCGGUCCUGGAUCAGCUGUGGGUGAUGUGUGGGAGCAGCCCAGUCUGUCAGCCGAACCCACAAAGAGCAGUGACGAGUUGAGCGGUCUAGAAACAGCCUUAAAGGUGGAGCGUGAGAGGGAGGAGGCGGAGUCUGCACUAACCAGUUCGUCUAAUGCAGUGGACAGAAGCGACAGUGUGGAAUUUAUAGGGUUGGAUGGUUUGUGCAGCUCUCAGCAGGACUCUGCUCCCUCAACACAUGAAGCCAACCCUGCCGAGAUAGGCCCCAGGAGCCAAGGAGGUGAUGAGGGGGAGGAGUCAGGACAAGAGGGCGAGGACUUACUGCAUUUCUGCCCUCAGUGCGGCGGCGGCUUUAACUCUGCAUCCGAACUGGCUGAACACGUGUGUCUGCUAGCCGAGGAACGUUUCCAGUGUUCAGCAUGUGGACGGGACUUCAGUCACGCCUGGAGCUUGAAGAGCCACGAGUGCGUACAGGCAGGCGAACAGCCUCACCGCUGUGAACUUUGUGGGAAACGGUUCACACACUCGCGCUCUCUCGAGCGCCACCAGCUGGUACACACAGGCGAGCGACCACAUCAGUGUCCACAAUGCGGACGCAGUUUUAGCCGUCUGGGCAACCUAGAGCGACAUCAACGCAUCCACACUGGCGAGCGACCGUAUGAGUGCGGUGCUUGCGGCAAGCGCUUCAGUCGCAUCGAGUACCUCAAACGGCACCAGCAGAUCCACAGCGGAGAGAGAGGAGAGAGGAACCAGACUCUCAGUGACACAGAGCUGAAACGCAAUCAGUGCUUCUCCAGCGCCUGAUGAACUGUUAAACACUUGACCUAAUUCUCCAUCCAGCUUUAAAGACCAACGAUCUGUACGUCUGAAUGUCCUUAGAUCCUCAAAGCUGAUUAUUUUCACACACAUUAAUAUCUAAUAGGACUGCAAUAUGUAUAUUAUUUGUUGAUCUCGAUCAUUAUUACGAGAUUAGCUUUUGUAACACCAAUAUUGGAGAAGCCUAGUUAAUGCAAAUGAGCACAACUUAUUAUUAUUUGUUCUUUUAAUCUGCAAGCUUUCUGGAAUCUCAGAGCUUCUUGAUAGCAUGGAAUCUGUGGGUGUAUUUUGGAAGAACAUGGCAAUGGUGCGAUUUGACGUGUCAGUAUUGGAAUUUAAAUUAAUACAAACCUUACAAAGUCACAGGCUCAUGAUGUUUUUAGUAAAAAUAUAUUGUGAUCAUAUCUCAAUCAACACGUGUAGAAAUAUAAUCAGUAAUCUACUCGUUUUGUCCAUAUUGUACAGCCCUACUAUCCUAAUAUCUUGUCCUGAAUCUAAACAGUCAUACAGUAUAAGAAAGGACUGCAUUUCUUGCAGAAACAUGUCAUUGAAAGUAUAUACGUAAAUUGUUAUGCUUAAAAAAAAGCACACACUCCUCUGCAUCAAAAAAAGUGCACCAUGUUUGGUGCGUUACAUUCUGUCUGUGUGAGUCAUACAGUUAGGUGUCUUUAUGUCAUCCUCGGCUAGAGCUAGAAUAAAGUCUGCAUUUCACCUGUGAGGAAGAAUCAGGAUUAAAACCUAAUCACUGAUCUACCACUUCAUCUGAGCAUGACGCCUCAUAUUAAGCCUUAUUUGAGUGGUCUCUGUUAUAAUCAUUUCAUACAUGACGUCUAUAAAAACUUACAUAUCUCUUUUUUUAGUAAACAAAUUCCAGGGACGAGUUUCCCAGCAUUCUGUUCAUUUACACAAAACUUUGGAUGCUAAAUACAAGUACUGAUGAAUUUAUUUCAAGAAAAUGAAAGGAUAUAUGAUGAUUGUAAUAUAUUUAUAUAAAGUGACUUUAUACAGUUCAUGAGUAUAAACGUCUUUUUAAUCAGCCUGAGAGAUAAGAAUCACAUCAUAGGUGAGUCAAAACUGCAAAACAAUAUUGCUGUAAAUUGUGUAAAGUCACAAGGGUGCCGUGUCUGGAUGGGACUAAAUUUAUUACACCACCAUCAUUAUAGUAAUGCUGGUUUUUAGUAUGCAGUUUUGUGAAGAGACAGGGAGGGAGAAAAACAUUUGUUAGCUACAGAAAAUGAUGGAAUUGGUGAAGGAACCCCAGGGAAAACUAAUCUCAUUUGUAAAGUGGCUUUAAGGUUGGUUUAAUUACAGUCUGCUUCAUUACACCCCAUUCAAUAAACCCCUUAAAUAUACAAAAAAAAAGGAUGAGGAACUCACGUCCAUCCUUAUGCUGACACAGUGCUACCUUCAUACAUUAUAGUUCCAUAUUAAUCCCUAAACAGCAUUAAUAGGAUUAUUAAUUACACAAAAGCAGAUUUUUUACUAUAUUUUUUUUACUUUAUUUUUGUCAUUAUAUAAUUAUUAAAUUAUAUAGAUAUCAGUGCCCUAAGUUUUGACUAAUCCCUAUUUGUCUUAUAUGAUACUUACUUCUGUCACUUUAAAAGGUACAAAAGAUAUCACAUCUGAGAAUGUAUUCAAUUUCGAUUCUUGGGUUGAAUUUGAAGAUAUGAGGUCUCAUACUGAUAUUCAAUAUAGGAUUCGUGAAUCCUUAAAACUUGUCCUUAGUUUAUCCGUCAUGGAUCACAAUUUCUUUCUUUUUUUAAAUUAUUAUUAUUAUUAUUAUUAUUAUUAUUAUUAUUAUUAUUAUUAUUAUUAUUUGUUUGUGAACUAUUAGUGAAUGUAUUUCUUUUUUAUAUGUGUAUCAAAAAUAAACUAGGAUUACAGAA